AAUGCAGCAUUGUAAAUGUCAUCUGUGCCUUCUGACGGGGUUUAUUUCCUGGAGCUGAUUCCUGGACUCUCGGGCUUGACUCUGCUUGAGGAGGAUGGAUGGUACACUUGCUGUAGUCGGCCUCGUUUUGGUGGAUGUGAUCUGACUGGCAUAGAAUCUAUGGAUCAAUGUCGCCAUACCUUGGAACAGCAUAACUGGAACAUAGAGGCUGCCGUACAGGACAGAUUGAACGAGCAGGAGGGUGUACCAAGUGUUUUCAACCCACCACCGUCUCGGCCCUUGCAAGUGAACACAGCUGACCACAGGAUCUACAGCUAUGUCGUCUCAAGACCGCAACCAAGGGGGCUGCUUGGAUGGGGUUAUUACUUGAUAAUGCUUCCAUUCCGGUUUACCUAUUAUACAAUACUUGAUAUAUUUAGGUUUGCUCUUCGUUUUAUACGGCCUGACCCUCGCAGCCGGGUCACUGAUCCCGUUGGGGACAUUGUUUCAUUUAUGCACUCUUUUGAAGAGAAAUAUGGGAGGGCACACCCUGUCUUCUACCUGGGAACGUACAGCCAGGCACUUAAUGAUGCUAAACGGGAGCUUCGCUUUCUUUUGGUUUAUCUUCAUGGAGAUGAUCACCAGGACUCUGAUGAAUUCUGUCGCAACACACUCUGCGCACCUGAAGUUAUUUCACUGAUAAACACCAGGAUGCUCUUCUGGGCGUGCUCCACAAACAAACCUGAGGGAUACAGGGUCUCUCAGGCUUUAAGAGAAAACACCUAUCCAUUCCUGGCCAUGAUUAUGUUGAAGGAUCGGAGGAUGACUGUGGUAGGACGUCUAGAAGGCCUCAUUCAGCCUGAUGACCUCAUUAACCAGCUGACAUUUAUCAUGGAUGCAAAUCAGACUUACCUGGUGUCCGAACGCCUAGAGAGGGAAGAACGAAACCAGACCCAGGUGCUGAGACAACAACAGGAUGAGGCCUACCUGGCCUCUCUCAGAGCUGACCAGGAGAAAGAGAGAAAGAAGCGAGAGGAGCGAGAACGGAAGAGGCGGAAGGAGGAAGAGGUGCAACAGCAGAAGCUGGCAGAAGAGAGGCGGCGGCGGAAUUUACAAGAGGAGAAGGAAAGGAAGUUGGAGUGUCUGCCCCCAGAGCCUUCCCCUGAUGACCCUGAAAGUGUCAAAAUCAUUUUCAAAUUACCCAAUGAUUCUCGAGUAGAGAGACGAUUCCACUUUUCACAGUCUCUAACAGUAAUCCACGACUUCUUAUUCUCCUUGAAAGAAAGCCCUGAAAAGUUUCAGAUUGAAGCCAAUUUUCCCCGAAGGGUGCUGCCCUGCCUCCCUUCAGAGGAGUGGCCCAACCCCCCAACGCUGCAGGAGGCCGGACUCAGCCACACAGAAGUUCUCUUUGUUCAGGACCUAACAGACGAAUGACACUUUUUCUUCCUCUUCUCUCCCACCCCAAUCCCCAAAAGAAAUGGAAAAAAACAAAAACAAAAAAAUAAGAGAGAUUCAUAUUAUUAUUAUUAUUAUAAUACAAUAUUUUUUUUAAAGACUGCUGCAUCCUAAGGAAGGAUCAGAAACCAUGCUGCCUGCAAGAGUCACCACCUGUGUGCGCACGCGAGGUUAGCGAUGAACGUUCCGCUGGCAAGCCCACCCUCCCUACUGCCUCUGCACCAUACACCUUCCAGUGAGAGGAGACUCUUCACCUCCAACCCAGCCAUUCUCCCAACUGGGGAAGGGACAUUCCCACUCGAUCUCAUGCAUUCUUGCUUUUAUAGAAAAUAAAAGUGAAAACCUUCAUCAAACAGCUACUGCAGCAUCUCCUGAGGACUUGCUUCUCCCACCUCCAGAGAAGAGAGGGAAGAGAAGGCACAGAGCAGAGAGAUGUUCCUUCAACUUCCUACGAUUUAUGAAUAAUUUUAAAUUUUUUUCUGUUGCUUUGUAAUGACCAAAGGAAUGAGGCUGACAUAGGUGUAUUUGUUUUCCUUAACAUUAUUUGAUAAAGACCAGUUUUUAAACCCAUGAAUUCUUGCCCUGGGCUCCUUGGCCCACAAGAGUGUAAUAAAGGUGCCCUGGGCUGGUUUGUACUUAUUUCUGCCAUUGUCCCUCUCACGUUCCCAGAGAGGUUCUUUUUGGUCCAACUCUUGCGGUCCUUUCUUGCCACCUGUGUUCCCCACUUGGGGCAAUAGGAGGAAGUCUGGGUUUGUAGCCCUGCAAAGGUUGUGUGUGUACCAAUACACCCAUAUAUGUGGUAUGAACUCCAUGUAGUUUACCUAUACAUAAGACUGCAGCUUUUCCUUGGAAUCUGGAUCAGGUGGUCAUUAUGGGGUCUGAACCAAAGGAUGGCAGUUCAUUCCUGUUCUGACAUGUGCAUGUUCUUUCUGCCCAGCCCUGAGCCUUCCUGAAUUGCCAAGCUUGGUGCCUUUCCAAAGGACUAACAGGGCCUGUGAUGCAACCAACAGAACCAUGUGAGAGGACCCUGCCCGUCUCCGUAGGAAUGUGGUGGUAGUGGUGGUUUAAGGAUUGGAAGAAUCAUAGGCCUGAAGGAAGCCAAGACAGAACUCAGCCUGUGUAAAUUGUCGGAGGGCACAUUUCAGUUUUUGAUGUAGCCACCUGCUGUGGCUACAUUUUGUUCUCUCUCUCUAUUGCUGUUGAAGUAGUAGGGGUUUUUAGCCUCUGGAUGUCUUGUCUGUGGUUGAGUUUAUGGUAGUGGGUACAUGGGUCAGGCCGUGUAUUAGCAAGAGCUGACAAGUAUUCCAAAGUGUUCUGUGGUAGACUGGUGUAGCCAACGCUGCAACCUACUGAGUUACCACAGUUCCUAGCUUGUGGUGAGGCCAGGGGCUCAUACCGAGGUCAAGCACAACUUGCUCGAUUUGCAGUCCCCAGAGGCUUUCUCCCGCUUAGCUAAAACCUGAGGGCCAUCCUUUUAGUUACACUGACAUGGCUGCUAUUUUCUGCUGCCCACAGUGGUUGGGGUAAACACCAAGGGCCAGUGGGGAGCCCCAUAGGUAUCGCCUGAGGACCUUGAGAAUUUUGCAGUGGCCUUGGCACAAGUGUCUACAACACCCAUCUCCAGGAAAAUGUAAUCCUGCUCCUGGCUUCAGUUAUUCUUCCACUUUGUUUCCUGCUAUCCCAUGACCAGAUGAGUGGGAAAUCGCUGGCUGUUGUCAUAAAAUGUUAUCUGAAGUGAAUACCAGGAUAAACUGUAUUCGCCACUCCACCUUAUGUGAGAAGUCUGCUUCCUGCUGACAAGCACGCAAAGAGGAAUUUUUUCAGUUAACUCAGAACCAAUCUACCUGCCUAGAAUUUGCAUUUCCCUGGCAGGACCUUUGCCAGGCUGGGUGUACCAAGUAUCUUGCCCACACCUCUGGGAAGUUGUACUUUUUUUUGCUUAAUAAUUCAAUCUGCAUCUUAUUCUACAAUGUGCACUUUAUGCCUUUUGCUAACCUGUCCAGUGAAGGAGGUCCAGUGCCAGAGUAUUAAAGUCUACUUGUGUCAGUACAACUCUCAGGAUGGCCUGUCAAUUUGCUUUGUUUUGCUUUUGUCUUUUUUUUUUUUUUUUAGUGCUGCUUUACUCAGAGCAGUUCCUGUCCUCUUGCUGAUGUAGACUGCCACUCAUCCCACUCGUUUCCUCCAUGAAAGAUGCACGUUUUGUCAAUGCUGGUACAAUCUGUAUGUUACUCCCAAGGACCUCUGGGAACUUGAUGGGGGACCUUCAAGCAAGAAAACAGAAACUGGUGAUCCACAAGCAUUUGCUCUUAUUUCCAAAUCGCCUGAUUAUUUCAGCUGUUUUCAAAUGCCAAGUCAUCAGCUAAACAAAAACAUUUGUUUCCAGUUUUGUUCUGUACUCCCAAGACUGAAGUUGUAUAUUCAGCUGAAUUUCCAUAGGAAGUGACCAAGCAAAGAUACUCAAUUGGAGUCAGUUGAAUUUCUGCAGCCUCAAGUUUUUUCUCCACGCCUGUAGAAUUUCCACUUCUUUCUCGUUGCUUUCACUAUAAUGUUUGGAUAAAAAAUGGCCAAUGGAGAAUACUUCUUUAAAAAAGAAAAACAAACUAUGAACAAGCUAAAAGGAACCUAGAAUCUUCAACUGAACAGUCAUUAUGAAAAUUGCAAAUGGUGCCAAGGCCAAGGAAAAAGUUACAGAAAAUGACUGUGGGAAGGAGUGAUAACCCCCAGAACGCAAAGUUAGGGGAGUAUUAAUUUGGUGCUUGAACAAGGAGCUCCACUUUAUAACUGGUUUUGUUUCUUUUUUUUUUUAAGGACUGUCGAGAGACGCAGCAACAAGAAAUCCAUCCACAAAGGAUGCAGUGCCCCAACUUGUACUGCACCUGAAUAAGUUACGUGAUAAUUUACUGAGGAAAUCUAGUGUACUUUAAAUUUUUUUCAUAAAAGUUUACAUUGUAUUGUAGGUUAACAUUAAAUGUUUUAUAACAAAAUUUUCAU